CUCAAAGUUCUAACUUAAAUAACUUCCCCUAUCUCAGUCUGACAAAAAUGCAAAUGGAGUAUGUUGUGCACAUAGCAAGGCUUGUUGAGGCAGGAAAAUGAGUAGCACUUAACUCAAUACAGGCAAAUGGGAUAAUGCACUACAAUUAACAACGUCCAGCGCGGACAAAUAACAGAUGCCACUUACUACGCUAAGUAUUGGUGCGCCUCUUUCUCUCUCUCUCUCUUUUUUUUUUUUUUUUACAUUCUCUGAUUUACCAGUAAUGUGGGGCUGCAUGGUGUGUGAUGUCACUGAGGCUGAUGCUGUGGAAGUUCAGUUGAAGAGUUUGGCCAGUCCUACUUUGGAAAGCGUGCUAGCAACUUAGGGUCUGAGGAGGCAGCGCCAUCCUACUACUGCUGCGACAACUGCCAAAUGAGGCGGAGAGCCAGAAGAGACUCACUCUGAAGCUGAAGCAGCGCUGCUCUCGUGCACAUAAACACCAGACAACCAGGCACAACGACUGCUCUGUUUUGGCAUCAAGCAGAAGUCCAGGGGAUAAAGGUCUAUCACGGUUAUCUGCUUCCUGUGUUUCCUCCAGUGUCUGCACGGCAGCAGAAAAUACACUGCCUCUGAGACCAUCUGCACCGUCACAGUCGACGCAGCACACCUCUUUGAGGCAAACCUUCCAGCAGCUUUUUUUCUCUCGUCUACGUGUUGUUGUGCACAGUGUCACAGAAUGUUUGUCUGUCUCUGCAGCUGCAGGCGGCGGCACAAAUGGAGCUUGGAAAUGUGACAAACUCUUCGGAGUGCCCCUCCAUUGAUGACUUCAGGAACCAAGUGUACUCCACCUCCUACUCCCUUAUCACCGUGCUGGGCCUGGUUGGGAAUGGGUUCGCCCUGGUGGUGCUGAUCAAGACGAACCGCCAACAGUCCCCCUUUCAUGUCUACAUGUUGAACUUGGCAGUGUCUGACUUGCUGUGUGUUAUGACACUGCCGCUGCGAGUCAUCUACUAUGCUAGCAAAGGCAAAUGGAACCAAGGGGAUUUCCUGUGUCGCAUCAGCUCCUACGCCCUCUAUGUAAACCUCUACUGCAGUAUUUACUUCAUGGCUGCAAUGUCUGUCACCCGUUUCUUGGCCAUUGUCUUCCCUGUGCAGAACCUGCGUCUGGUGACAGAGAACCGCGCACGCCUUGUGUGCCUUGGAAUCUGGGUGUUAAUCUGUCUUCUGUCCUCACCCUUCCUGAUGACUGGUCAGCAUUUUGAUCCGUCCACAAAUAAAACCAAAUGCUUUGAACCUCCAGGAGGAGGAAGUGUCCAAAAAUUGGUUGUGCUGAACUAUUUGUCUCUGGUGAUGGGCUUUGUUCUGCCUUUCCUGGUCAUCCUGAUCUGCUACGCCGGCAUAGUGCGCACCCUGCUCUCACGCACCAAUGUAGCCCGCCGCCAGCGCGGAACAGGAGCCAAAGCCAUCCGAAUGAUCGUUAUCGUCCUGCUGACCUUUCUGGUCAGCUUCAUGCCUUACCACGUGCAGCGCACCAUCCACCUGAGCUUCCUGUCCCGGUCAGACAGCAGCUGCUCGGAGAAGAUCGCCAUGCAGAAGUCUGUUGUGGUGACUCUGUGUCUGGCCGCUGCCAACUCAUGCUUUGACCCGCUGCUGUAUUUUUUCUCCGGGGAGGGUUUCCGCAGCCGCAUCAACUCCUUUCGCCAGUCAGUGAGGGGCAGCACCACGCGGCACACAACGAAGCUUCAGCCCGUCGCUGCCUCAGAUCCUGGAGAAAACCACCAGUUGAAGGCCAGUUAAAUCACAUCAGGUUCUCUAACAAGCAGAUUGGGAUGUUAAUAAGAGCUAGGGAUGAUUUGUCCCCUCAUUUACAGUUAAUAAAGGAAGGAAACGCAGAAAAUAGUUUUGACACAUGUCACUGAUUUACACAAGAGUAUUAAAAGAUUUGAGUUAAAAGUCUCAGGAGGAUGUUGUACUGUUAAAUUGAUAUUUAUUAUUCUAUAGAGUCCGUAUAUAUUGGAUAUUUAAGUGAUCAGAAAUGCUGGUACAAUAUAAACUGGCAUAUUUUGUUCUAAAACUGUAGAGUAAUCCAAAUUACAAACAUUAUGUCACUGUAUUUAUACUGUACGUCUUAAUGAAUGUUAUAGGCUAUGCAUUUCUAUAUGAAGUGUCAAAAAUUUAGCGUCGCACACCUUCUAUGUGAAGUAAAACAUUGUUCAAUACUGUACAAUUAAUACCACAAUAUGUUACUGUAGGUUUUUACUUUUAUUUACUGUUUUUUCUCGCUGUUAUUUUUAAAAGUUUGUGGUAACUGUUAAUGAUGCAACGUGUUUCUCAACUCUUGUUUCCCACACGCACACACACACAUAUAUAUUAUCACUUUGUAAUCUUUACAAAAGAGAUAUGACAAUGGGAUCAGUUUUCUUUAUCUGACUCUUAACAAGAAUGCACGUCAUGUUUUUAUACUUUUAUUUAACCACCUGAAAAUGCGGUGCUGUAUUCUUUUUGUAUGCGAACAGGUGGUCCAUUUGUGUAUAAUAAUUGCACCAAUAAAUGAUCUGUGUCAGUGCUG